GCUGUAGUUGCAAUGGUGAUGGUUCAAAUUGGCCAUGCGGGGCAGGACAUUCUAUUCAAACUUGCGAUCAAUGAUGGGAUGAACAUCAGAAGUUCUUGUGGCAUAUCGUCUCAUCUUCGCCACCAUUUUCAUGUUUCCCGUUGCCUUCAUCUUUCAAGGGUUUGCAUGCAAACGGUUCGUUGUUACAUGUCUACAAUCACGAACAAGAGGCCAGAGUUUACAUGGAGGCUGUUCAUACUAGCAUUUAUCUCGGGGUUACUCGGUGCGGCAGCACCAAACAUUCUAUUGGCCGAGGGACUGGCUCGGACAACAGCUACGUUUAUAUCAGUCGCGUACACUCUAGUCCCGCUAAUAAUAUUCGUCUUAGCUGCUAUACUUACUCACAGGAUGGAGAGUGUACAACUUAAAUCGAACCAUGGGAAAGCUAAGGUGAUUGAGACGCUACUCGGCGUUGGUGGAGCCUUUCUCUUUGUCUUGUACAAAGGCAAAGAGAUUCAUCUCUGGUCGACUCACAUUGGCCUGGGAAGUAGACCACCACACGAUGAUACCUCCCACAACAUCUCCAUACUCGGGGCUUUUCUUGUUCUGGGAAGUAUGAUCUCCUACUCUCUUUGGAUUCUCUUCCAGGCAAGCUUUUCAGCUAAAAUAGGUGAAGGACUUGGAGGGUCUUAUUGGAAUAUCGCUCUAAUGAGCAUGACGGGGAGGUUGGGAGUUGUGAUUUCUGGGAUGGCCUUCGCGAUCACAGUGUGGUGCAUGUGCUCCAAUGGGCCAGUAUUUGUGUCCAUGUUUAGUCCUGUAAAACUAGUGGUUGUUGCCAUGUGGUGUAAACAAUAUGUAAUUUCUUAUGCUUGCCAACAUUACAGCAUUAUAGGCACAAUCUUUAUCGUGGGAGUAUUGUACCUCGUCUUAUGGGCUAAAAUGAAAGAAACGGAGAGUACGUCAGAUCAUUCAAAAACAAAUAUGGCAGAUCAUAAUACUACCGACGUCUGA